CAGUGGGCUCUGACUCGGAAGGGUGGAGUUUCAACACCGCCUCGGAGGACCGGAGCAGGGAGGGAGCAAAGAAGUCAGAAUUUGACAUUUACCAGCCAUUCGGAACAUAAUUUUCAGCUGGGGGAAAGGGAUUGUAAACUCCGAAAACUGUUCUCCGAAAACGGCCAGGAACUGUAGGUAGAGGACGGACGAGUGAAACGAGGAGACCCCAGACUGCCAUUUUCAAACGGGAGGACCUCUCCCAUAACCACAAGUUUCUAUCAGGUGAAGUAGCGGCAAAGACACAGCGGCAGCCAUGGUGGCCUUGUCACUGAAGAUCAGCGUGGGGAACGUGGUGAAGACCAUGCAGUUCGAGCCCUCCACUAUGGUGUACGACGCCUGUCGCAUCAUACGGGAGAGAGUCCCCGAAGCACAGCUCGGCCAGCCCAACGACUACGGCCUGUUCCUGUCUGACGAGGAUCCCAAGAAGGGCAUCUGGCUGGAGGCGGGGAAAGCCUUGGACUACUACAUGCUGAGGAAUGGGGACACCCUGGAGUACAAGAAGAAACAGAGACCCCUGAAGAUUCGCAUGCUGGAUGGGACAGUGAAAACAGUCAUGGUGGACGACUCUAAAAUCGUCAGCGACAUGCUCAUGACCAUCUGCGCAAGGAUAGGCAUCACAAACUAUGACGAGUACUCGCUGGUGCGUGACAUCCUGGAGGAGAAGAAGGAGGAGACCACAGGGACGCUGAAGAGGGACAAGACGCUCCUGAGGGACGACAAGAAGAUGGAGAAGCUCAAGCAGAAGCUCCACACAGACGAUGAAUUGAACUGGCUGGACCACGGGCGGACGCUGCGUGAGCAGGGCAUUGAGGAGACAGAGAUGCUGCUCCUCAGGAGAAAGUUCUUCUACUCAGACCAGAACGUGGACUCCAGAGACCCUGUGCAGCUCAAUCUGCUCUAUGUGCAGGCCCGUGAUGACAUCCUGAACGGCUCGCAUCCUGUCUCCUUCGACAAGGCCUGCGAUUUCGCCGGCUUCCAGUGCCAGAUCCAGUUUGGAGACCACAACGAGACCAAGCACAAGCCAGGAUUCCUGGAUAUGAAAGAGUUCCUUCCAAAAGAAUACAUCAAGAACAAAGGCGAGAGGAAGAUCUUCCAGGCCCACAAGAACUACCAAAACAUGACUGAGAUUGAGGCCAAAGUCAGCUAUGUCAAACUGGCCCGCUCUCUCAAAACCUACGGAGUGUCUUUCUUCCUGGUCAAGGAGAAAAUGAAGGGGAAGAACAAGCUGGUCCCGCGUCUGCUGGGCAUCACCAAGGAGAGCGUGAUGCGUGUGGACGAGAAGACCAAGGAGGUGAUGCAGGAGUGGAGCCUGACCAACAUCAAACGCUGGGCCGCCUCCCCCAAGAGCUUCACGCUGGACUUUGGAGACUACCAAGAUGGAUACUACUCCGUGCAGACCACAGAAGGAGAGCAGAUCGCGCAGCUGAUUGCUGGAUACAUUGACAUCAUUCUGAAAAAGAAAAAGAGCAAAGACCACUUUGGCUUAGAGGGCGAUGAAGAAUCCACCAUGCUCGAGGACUCUGUGUCACCCAAAAAGUCCACAGUGCUCCAGCAGCAGUUCAAUAAGAUGGGGAAGGUGGAGACGGGCUCCGUGGCCCUGCCGGCCAUCAUGCGCUCAGGGGCCGGGGGACCGGAGAGCUUCCAGAUGGGCUCCAUGCCUCAGGCCAAGCAGCACAUCACCAGCGGGCAGAUGCACCGCGGACACAUGCCCCCUCUGACGGCAGCUCAGCAGGCCCUGACUGGCACCAUCAACUCCAGUAUGCAAGCGGUGCAGGCUGCCCAGGCCUCUCUGGGCGAGGUGUCGGAGCUGCCUCCCCUGGGAACCGACGCGGCCUCACAAGCAUGGCGUAAGAACAAAAUGGACGAGUCCAAGCAUGAGAUCCACUCCCAAGUGGAUGCCAUCACUGCUGGAACCGCCUCAAUGGUUAACCUUACAGCAGGUGAUCCUGCCGAGACGGACUACACGGCAGUGGGCUGCGCGGUGACCACCAUCUCCUCCAACCUCACGGAGAUGUCCAAGGGCGUGAAGCUGCUGGCCGCUCUCAUGGAGGACGAGGGCGCCAACGGGCAGCAGCUGCUUGGCGCCGCCAAGAACCUGGCCUGCGCCGUGUCCGACAUGCUCAAGACUGCCCAGCCCGCCAGCACCGAGCCUCGGCAGAACCUCCUGCAGGCGGCCGGCAACGUUGGCCAGGCCAGUGGAGAGCUGCUGCAGCACAUCGGCGAGAGUGACACGGACCCACGAUUCCAGUCUCUAGGUAACGGAGCUUUCAGGGGUUCCAGGCGGAAGACCCUCAGUAGUGGUCAAAUGCUGGAUAUGCUGAUGCAGCUGGCCAAGGCUGUGGCUAACGCGGCCGCCGCCCUGGUGCUGAAGGCCAAGAACGUGGCGCAAAAGACCGAGGACUCCGCCCAGCAGAACCGAGUCAUCGCCGCUGCCACCCAGUGCGCCCUGUCCACCUCACAGCUGGUGGCCUGCACCCGGGUGGUUGCCCCCACCAUCAGCUCGCCGGUGUGCCAGGAGCAGCUGAUCGAGGCGGGCAAGUUGGUGGCCAAGUCGGUGGAGGGCUGCGUGGAGGCCUCCCAGGGAGCCACGCAUGACGAGCAGCUGCUCAGGCAGGUGGGCGCCGCGGCCACCGGCGUCACGCAGGCGCUCAACGAGCUGCUGCAGCAUAUCAAGCAGUACGCCAGCGGCGGGCAGCCCAUCGGACGCCACGGCGAGGCCACCGACCGCAUCCUGGACGUCACCGAGAACAUCUUCAGCUCCAUGGGAGAUGCAGGAGAGAUGGUGCGUCAGGCCCGCAUCCUGGCCCAGGCGACCUCCGACCUGGUCAACGCCAUCAAAGCGGACGCGGAGGGCGAGACCGACCUGGAGAACUCCCGCAAGCUGCUGUCGGCCGCCAAGCUCUUGGCCGAUGCCACCGCCAAGAUGGUGGAGGCUGCCAAGGGAGCUGCAGCUAACCCUGACAGUGAGGAGCAGCAGCAGAAGCUGCGUGAGGCUGCGGAGGGUCUUCGCAUGGCCACCAACGCUGCCGCCCAGAACGCCAUCAAGAAGAGACUCAUCAACAAGCUGGAGAACGCAACAAAGCAGGCAGCCGCCGCCGCUACUCAAACAAUUGCCGCCGCCCAACAUGCUGCCUCGUCCAAUAAGAACCCUGCGGCCCAGCAGCAGCUUGUGCAGAGCUGCAAGGGGGUAGCUGAGCAGAUCCCCAUGCUGGUCCAGGGAGUGAGGGGCAGCCAGUCCCAACCCGACAGCCCCAGCGCUCAGCUCGCCCUCAUCGCAGCCAGCCAGAACUUCCUCCAGCCUGGUGCCAAGAUGGUGACCGCUGCCAAGGCCACCGUGCCCACCAUUGGCGACCAGGCCUCUGCCAUGCAGCUCAGCCAGUGUGCCAAGAACCUGGCCAGUGCCCUCGCCGAGCUUCGUACCGCCGCUCAGAAGGCUCAGGAAGCGUGCGGGCCACUGGAGAUUGAUAACGCACUGGCCGUUGUGCGCAGCCUGGAGAAGGACAUGCAGGAGGCCAAGGCCUCAGCGGCCGAGGGCAAACUCAGGCCUCUGCCCGGGGAGACGCUGGAGAAGUGCUCACAGGACCUGGGCAACAGCACCAAGGCUGUGAGCUCGGCCAUUGCCCAGCUGCUCAGCGAGGCCACCCAGGGCAACGAGAACUACGCCGGCCAAGCUGCCAGAGAUGUUGCCCAGGCUCUACGCGCCCUGGCUUCAGCCGCUCGUGGUGUGGCAGCCAACACGGAUGACCCACAGGCCCGCAACGCCAUGCUGGACUGUGCCAGCGACACCAUGGACAAGUCUGCCAACCUCAUCGAGGAGACCAAGAGAGCCAUCGCCAAACCUGGAGACCCGGACAGCCAGCAGAGACUGGCCCAGGUGGCGAAGGCCGUGUCCCAGGCACUCAACAGGAGCGUGAACUGCCUGCCUGGACAGAGAGAUGUGGACAACGCCAUCAGGACUGUCGGAGAGGCCAGCAAGAAACUCCUGGCUGAUUCAUUCCCACCGAGCAACAAGAGCUUCCAGGAGGCGCAGUCCAACCUGAACCAGGCUGCCGCUGGGCUCAACCAGUCGGCCAACGAGCUGGUGCAGGCCUCGCGCGGCACCACCCAGGACCUGGCCAAGGCCUCGGGCAAGUUCGGCAAUAACUUCAACGAUUUCCUGGAGGCCGGAGUGGACAUGGCUGGACAGUCCCAGUCUAAGGAGGAUCAGACACAGGUGGUCACCAACCUGAAGACCAUCUCCAUGUCCUCCAGCAAGCUGCUGUUGUCCGCCAAAGCGCUCGCCACUGACCCCAACUCCCCCAACCUUAAGAACCAGCUGGCCGCUGCCGCUCGAGCCGUCACAGACAGCAUCAACCAGCUCAUCACCAUGUGCACCCAGCAGGCCCCGGGCCAGAAGGAGUGUGACAACGCGCUGAGGGAACUCGAGACGGUGAGGGGUAUGUUGGAGAACCCAACUGAAGCUGUUAACGACAUGGGCUACUUUGACUGCAUUGAUAGUGUCAUGGAGAACUCCAAGGUUCUGGGUGAAGCCAUGGCUGGAAUCUCCCACAACGCCAAGAACAGCAACCUGCCCGAGUUUGGAGACUCCGUCAGCUCGGGCUCUAAGGCCCUGUGUGGACUGACCGAGGCUGCCGCCCAGGGCGCCUACCUGGUGGGCGUCUCUGACCCCAACAGCCACGCUGGACAGAAGGGCCUGGUGGACCCAGCCCAGUUUGCCCGGGCCAGGCAGUCUAUCCAGAUGGCCUGCCAGAACCUGGUGGACCCCGCCUGCACGCAGUCCCAGGUCCUCUCCGCCGCCACCAUUGUUGCCAAACACACGUCUGCGCUCUGCAACGCCUGCCGCCUCGCCUCCUCCAAAACAUCCAACCCUGUUGCUAAGCGACAGUUCGUCCAGUCAGCCAAGGAGGUUGCGAACAGCACCGCCAACCUCGUCAAGUCCAUCAAAGCCCUGGACGGAGCCUUUAAUGAGGAGAACCGUGCAAAGUGCAAAGACGCCACUGUCCCGCUGAUUGAGGCCGUGGACAACCUGACUGCCUUCGCCUCCAACCCGGAGUUUGCCAGCAUGCCUGCCCAGAUCAGCCCAGAGGGGAUGGCUGCCAUGGAGCCCAUUGUUGCCGCGGCAAAGGCCAUGCUUGAGAGUUCUACUGGCCUGAUCCAGACGGCCCGCUCCCUGGCCGUCAACCCCAAGGACCCACCCAAGUGGUCAGUGCUUGCAGGCCACUCUAGAACUGUCUCCGACUCCAUCAAGAAGCUCAUCACCAACAUGAGAGAUAAGGCUCCUGGCCAGAGAGAGUGUGACGAGGCCAUCGAGGUGCUCAACAACUGCAUCCGUGACGUGGACCAGGCCUCUCUGGCUGCUAUCAGCCAGCAGCUCACCCCACGGGAGGGCAUCUCCCAUGAGGCUCUUCAUGGGCAGAUGGCCGCCUCGGUGCAGGAGAUCAGCAACCUGAUCGAGCCAGUGGCCAUCGCCGCCCGCUCGGACGCCUCUCAGCUCGGACACAAGGUGUCUCAGAUGGUCAGCUACUUUGAGCCUCUCAUCAUGGCUUCCAUUGGCACCGCCUCCAAGAUCCUCAACAGCCAGCAGCAGAUGAACGUGCUGGACCAGACCAAGACCCUGACUGAGUCAGCCCUCCAGAUGCUCUACACGGCCAAAGAGGCCGGAGGCAACCCCAAGGCGGCUCACACUCAGGAGGCCCUGGAGGAGUCCGUGCAGAUGAUGAAGGAGGCCGUGGACGACCUGGCCGCUACCCUGAACGAGGCCGCCAGCGCCGCCGGAGCCGUGGGAGGCAUGGUGGACUCCAUCACCGGGGCCAUCAACACCAUGGAGGACGGCCGGAGUGUGGAGCCCGAGGGCACCUUCGUGGACUACCAGACCACCAUGGUCAAGACGGCCAAGGCCAUCGCGGUCACUGUGCAGGAGAUGGUCACCAAAUCAAACACCAACCCUGAUGAGCUUGGUGGCCUGGCCAAUCAGCUGACCACUGAGUUUGGACAGCUGGCCUCUGAAGCCAAGGGUGCCGCCGUCACUGCAGAGAAUGAUGAGAUUGGCUCCCACAUUAAGAAGCAGGUUGGGGAGCUGGGCUACAGCUGCACAGGGCUGGUCACUAAGGCCGGAGCGCUCCAGUGCAGCCCCAACGACAGCUUCACCAAGAAGGAGCUCAUUGACAGCGCCCGCAAGGUCUCCGAGAAGGUGUCCCACGUGCUGGCCGCCCUCCAGGCGGGUAACCGUGGCACCCAGGCCUGCAUCACAGCCGCCAGCGCUGUGUCUGGCAUCAUCGCUGACUUGGACACCACCAUCAUGUUUGCCACAGCUGGCACGCUCAACCGCGAGAACGCCGAGACCUUCGCUGAUCACAGGGAGCACAUCCUGAAGACGGCCAAAGCUCUGGUGGAGGACACCAAGUUGCUGGUGUCCGGGGCGGGUGCCAGCCAGGAGAAGCUGGCCCAGGCCGCCCAGUCCUCCGUCGGCACCAUCACCAAGCUGGCCGACGUGGUCAAGCUGGGCGCCGCCAGCCUCGGCGCAGAAGACCCAGAGACACAGGCGUUUUUUUCUUUCCGCGGGUUUGCUGUUGGUCAGGAUGUGGUCCUCAUCAACGCAGUCAAAGAUGUGGCCAAAGCUCUGGGCGACCUCAUCAGUGCCACCAAGGCGGCGGCCGGCAAACCACACGAUGACCCGGCCAUGCUGCAGUUAAAAAACUCAGCCAAGGUGAUGGUGACCAAUGUGACUUCGCUGCUGAAGACGGUGAAGGCGGUGGAGGACGAGGCCACCAAGGGGACCAGGGCGUUGGAGGCCACCAUCGAGCACAUCAAGCAGGAGCUGUCCGUGUUCAAGAGCCACGAUCCUCCUCCAAAGACCACCACUCCAGAGGAGUUCAUCCGCAUGACCAAAGGCAUUACGCUGGCCACUGCCAAAGCAGUGGCUGCUGGGAACUCCUGUCGUCAGGAGGACAUCAUCGCCACGGCUAACCUGAGCAGGCGGGCCAUGGCAGACAUGCUAAACUCCUGCAAGCAAGCGGCAUACCACCCCGAGGUCAGUAAGGAGGUGCAGGCGCGGGCCCUGCGCUUCGGAUCGGAGUGUGCCACCGGAUACCUGGGCCUGCUGGAGCACGUCCUGGUGCCGAUCAUCCAGAAGCCCACCCACGACCUGAAGCAGCAGCUGGCCGUCUACUCCAAGCGUGUGGCCGGCUCUGUGACCGAACUCAUCCAGGCUGCCGAGGCCAUGAAAGGCACGGAAUGGGUGGACCCCGAGGACCCCACCGUCAUCGCCGAGAACGAGCUGCUGGGCGCAGCAGCGGCCAUCGAGGCGGCCGCCAAGAAACUGGAGCAGCUGAGGCCGCGGACCAAACCCAAGGAGGCAGAUGAGAGUCUGAACUUUGAGGAGCAGAUCCUGGAGGCGGCCAAAUCCAUUGCUGCGGCUACCAGCGCACUGGUUAAGGCAGCCUCGGCCGCCCAGAGGGAAUUGGUGGCCCAGGGCAAGGUUGGGGCCAUCCAAGCCAAUGCCGUGGACGAUGGACAAUGGUCCCAGGGUCUCAUUUCUGCUGCGCGCAUGGUUGCUGCUGCAACGAACAACCUGUGCGAGGCGGCUAACUCAGCGGUGCAGGGUCACGCCAGCGAGGAGAAGCUCAUCUCCUCGGCCAAGCAGGUGGCUGCCUCCACCGCCCAGCUCCUGGUGGCCUGCAAGGUCAAGGCUGACCAGGACUCCCAGACCAUGAAGAGGCUGCAGGCUGCUGGUAACGCUGUCAAGAGGGCCUCAGACAACCUGGUGAAGGCCGCCCAGAAGGCCGCCUUCGAUGCCCAGGAUGACCAGGCCGUCAUGGUGAAGAGCAAGAUGGUGGGCGGUAUCGCUCAGAUUAUUGCGGCUCAGGAGGAGAUGUUGAGGAAGGAGCGUGAGCUGGACGAGGCCAGGAAGAAGCUGGCCAUGAUCCGCCAGCAGCAGUACAAGUUCCUGCCUUCGGAGCUCCGGGAGGAAGACCAAUGAGAACCGCCACUGUUUGUCUGCUAACACACAUACAACACACACACACAGAUGCCAUGCAAGCAAAGACAAAUCAGCGGCUUGGGCUUUGGACCCGUGCCACAGUUUUAUUAUAUAUUUUUGUUCAAGAGUGUAACUAUGAUGAUGAGGUAUUACUUUUUUUGACAUGCACCAUUCUGGGCAAAGCAAUUCUAAGAGAUGAAAUAGGGGUAAAAAGUGAACAAAUGUAUCAGGAUGUUUAUUUUAAACUUUGGGUUAUUUUUUUGUUUGUUUUCACCGUUCUUUUUUCUAUUUGUCACUUUUACAAGCAUUGCCGUGCCAUGACUUAACUGUUUAUUGUUUUGUUUGUGUCUUUUGGAUAAUGUAUGCACAACUUAUGCAAAUCUCUAAAGUAACUGCGCUUUUAAUAGCUCCAUGUGAUUUAAUUUAGCAUUAGAUCCAAUAGAGUAGAUUGUCUGGACCUAGCAUGCACGGGUCUUAACUGAGGCUACACAUUUAAUUUACUCAAUCAAUUCACUUAUGAUGGGCUAAGUAAAAUGGCCUCAGUUAACACGGCUAAGAAAAAUAUUAUAUCAUCGAGCACAAUGAUGUUUUUAACUUUGUCAUUUUUUUAUUUUAUUUCUACUCCUCAACUUCUGGGGGGUGGAAAUUAUAAAAAAAGAAGAAAAAAAAACAGUAUUUGUUCCAUAGAUAUGUCUAACAUUUAGUCAGGUUCCAAAGAAGAUUGUUGUGAAUGUGUGAGUGGCCUCCAUAGCCUUUCUUCUUCUGGUGGUUUAACCCAGGGACAGUCAACCGCAUCGUGUGGCAAUUUGGACCAGCAGUGCAAUGAGUACCUUUUUUUGCGAUGAAACAAUUCAAAGAAAGAAAACAUAUCAUUUUUUAAGAAAAGAAAAAAUAAUAAAGCUAUGAAUUGUGUUACAAAUAAUAUCUUCUAUUAAAUGUCUAUGUUAAUAAAAAAAAGAGAGUUUGUGGGUGUUCGUUUUCUAUUAGUCAGGGCAUCUGUCACUUUGACCUCCUGUGUUUGAAUGAGGUCAAGUUUGGAAAGCCAUAUUUUUUUCUCUUGGUUUGUUUUUAUUACUCAGCCCUUGUCUUGUUACUCGGACCUACUUGGUGCUAUGUGGUAGAGCUUUCUCUGAGAUGUGGAUGUACAUCAUGGAGGUAUAUGCAAAUAUUAGAAAGGAGGGAGGGAGUUCAUAUUAAGUGAGUGGUUCCUCCGUCAUCUGACUGUUAGUCAAGAUGAACAAGGAAUAUGAAUUCAUAGUUGGGGUAUAGUGUUUUCAGAGCAUUUACAAGGCUUUGUUAUUACAUGGUUGUGUCUGUUGAACAUAUCAGUCCAUCUGAAAGUGCCUUCAAAAAUCUGUUUUUAUAACAGUAUGUGUUUAACUGUUAACAUUUCCUAUUUUCCACUGUGCACUUGUUUAACUUAAAGAAACCCACAGAUAAUCCACUCUUUUACACAUUAUUUUCACUCUUGUUGUUCAGUGAUUGUCAUUUUGAUACCCUAAUGUUUGUAGUGCAAUGGGAUAGUUGCCCCAGCACUGUUAAAGACCUAUUCAUGGGGGUCAAUAAAGUUGCUUUUCUUGCCUAAAA